CAAAAAGUCCUGCUGAGGGUACCCCAAGAAGACCUGUUUUAUCUGUCAGUGCAAGAAAACUUAAAGAUAAUGCAGCAGACUGGCAUAAUUUAAUGAUGAAAUGGGAGAGGCUGAAUGAUAACGGGUUUACUACGGCAAACAAAAUAGUCAACAUGAAGAUCAGCGAGCAAUUUCAAGACAGCGAACUGGAGAUAGCGUGUGAUAACAGUGCCACAGAGUCUGAAAAGCCAGCUCCAAAAUACAAUGAAGAACUAGACAACUGCUGUGCAGAGUUACUUGAGACCUUAAAGCAUAUGAGAAAAAUACAGCAGAAAAUGGAAAAGCUUACUUCGACUACGAAAGCGAUCUGUGACCUGGAAGCUUUCCACCGUGGAGCUGGGCAUUGCACAGCACCCUUCUUUCAUACAUGGCCCACGCCGUACUUCUAUGAGGUUGCCCUGAAGCUCUCUGAAAUGUACAAGAAGGAGCUGCAGCUCAAGCAAACGAUCGUACAAGAAAUUGCUCAUUGUGCUGACAGGGAUCUGAUGAUGGUUUAUUUAUCGUCGUGGUUGUACCAGCCUUACAUCGACAACAGCAGCAAACUGCUCCUUGAAGCCAUGCUGCUGGAAACAGGACACAGACAGUGCUAGAAUUCCAGAUGUUACGUGGCUUGCUUUCCAAAACUGAACUGGCAAAUUGCAAGGCUUACCAAGUGGAAAGUGUAGUUUGUUGUUUCUUGGAGAAAAUAAGCUCUUCAGGAAGGAGGCUUCACAUUCACAGAGCCCCUUGCUCAUCGACUGUU